AUUGUAUGUUAGUUAGUUUGAUGUGUAACACUACAACAGAACAAUCGUCGUUAACUAAAAUUCAAGUUAAAAACAUGGAAUCCAGUGGUUUAUAUCCUGUCAGAGUCAAAAAUGAACCUGUAGACGUGUCGCCUAAUGAAAAUAAUGGUAUAGUAACUGACAAGACACUCGACUUAUACCCUCUAUCAUUUCUGCAAGAAAAUCCAGUAAGAGAUGAUACUUAUAUCAAAAUCCUUCAAGAAUAUGACGAAAAUCAUGAACGUAAGUUCAAUGAUGAUAUAGAGAUAGUUAUAGAAUGCGAAGACGUAAAGCCCAGUAUGGAUUUAUUAGUAGUUAGAAAAAUGGACAAUUAUCCUUCAAAUCACUUGCUGGAUGUGAAAUGUAGUUUUGAUUAUAAAACUAAUGAUAGAAUUAAAAUACCCGAACCCGUGGGUGAAAUGAAACAUGAAUUUUUCGGCGAAGAAGCAAUGCAAUUCAAAUUUGAUCGAGUACUCAGCGGACAAAAUGAAAAAAUUACGGAAAAGUUUAAUAACAAAAAUAGGCUCAAAGCACACGCCAGCUCGGCUCGCGAAGAUAAAAGUCAUUCGUGUAAAAUAUGCAGAAAGAAAUUUGCAAAUGAGCCUAAUUUGAAUAGACAUGUCAAAUCUUCGCAUGAUCACAUAACCCACGCAUGUGAUAUAUGUCAAAAGACAUUUUCACAAAAAGGUCAUCUCAAGACCCACAUCGAUUCCCAGCAUAAUAAAACCAUGCACGAAUGCCACGUAUGCGGAAAGACAUUUUCACAAAAAAGUAAUCUCAAGACCCACGUAGAUUCAGUACAUAAUGGUCUCACUUAUAAAUGCGAUAUAUGCGGCAAGUCGUAUACUUAUAAACAUCAUCUCAAGACCCACAUCGAAUCAGUACAUAAUGGUCUCACUUAUAAAUGCGAUAUAUGCGGCAAGACAUUUUCACGAAAAGAUCAUCUCAAGACCCACAUCGAUGCAGUGCAUAAUAGUCUCACUUAUAAAUGCGAUACAUGCGGCAAGUCGUAUACUUAUAAACAUCAUCUCAAGACCCACGUAGAUGCAGUACACAAUCGUGUCACACAUGCAUGCCGUAUAUGCGGCAAGACAUUUUCACGAAAAGAUAGUAUCAAGACCCACAUCGAUUCAGUACAUAAUGGUCUGACAUAUAAAUGCGAUAUAUGCGGCAAGACAUUUUCACAAAAAGUUCAUCUCAAGGCCCACAUCAAUUCAGUACAUAAUGGUCUCACUUAUAAAUGCGAUAUAUGCGGCAAGACAUUUUCACAAAAAGUUAAUUUGAAAAAUCACAUCGAUUCAGUACAUAAUGGUCUCACUUAUAAAUGCGAUAUAUGCGGCAAGACAUUUUCACGAAAAGAUCAUCUCAAGACCCACGUAGAUGCAGUGCAUAAUGGUCUCACUUAUAAAUGUGGUAUAUGCGGCAAGUCGUAUACUUAUAAACAUCAUCUCAAGACCCACAUCGAAUCAGUACAUACUGGUCUCACUUAUAAAUGCGGUAUAUGCGGCAAGUCGUAUACUUAUAAACAUCAUCUCAAGACCCACAUCGAUUCAGUGCACAAUGGUGUUGAAUAUGCAAGUGAUAUAUGUGAAAAUAAAUACGCUCAAAAGGUAAAUCUCAAGAGGCAUAUCAAAUUGUUGCAUAAAGGUAUCCCUUAUGCACUUGAUAUUUGUGGAAAAAAAUCUAAGACGAAGAGUAAUCUCAAAAAGCACGACAAUUCGGUGCCCAAUAAUGCAAGACCUAAAUGUGAUAGAUGCGGAAAAAUAUUUAUACGGGUGAGUCAUCUUAAAAUCCACGUGGAUUCGGUGCAUCACUCAAGCUCUUAAUAAAUUUAUAAAAUUCGUGUUUAAUUGUAUCAAAAAACCGCUACGUUCGGUCUAAUGUAUUUGUUCAGAAGGCUCAUCGAAAAAUGUAAUUUCCAAUGAUAUUACAAGCUGUUCUAAUGUUUAUUUUAUCUCAUUAUGUGAAAAAAAUAAGCGCAUUUUU